UACACGAACGCCAAUUGCAUUGCAAUUUGCCGAUUGGUUCGGGCAGUGUCUCCAUUGGAAUCAACUGAGCUUCGAGAAUUUAUGCAAAUCUUCGCGUUGCUGCUUCUGAUUCCUAUCGAAUAGUGAAAUCCCUAAUGCUUCGUCCCCAUAAAAAUCUAUGCAGGUUCAUCAACGCCCUGAACCACGACCAAUUCCUUCACUGUACACGCUCGGCAUCCUCUUAUCAAUACAACCACAGAAACCAUGGCGAGAAAGAAAACGUUCCCAAGGAUGGGAACGAAGAACCUCAAUUGUAUUUCUACAAGAGUAGAGGCCAGCACAUUCUUACGAACCCACGAAUUCUGGGCUCUAUUGUUCGAAAAUCUGCCAUAAGGCCGACCGACACGGUCUUAGAGAUCGGACCCGGCACCGGAAAUCUGACAUUGAAGCUUCUGGAAGCUUCCCAAAAGGUCAUAGCCAUUGAAAUUGAUAAAAGAAUGGUCGAGGUUCUGCACAGACGCGUGGCGGAGAAUAAGUUUGAAGACCGUAUUUGUGUUAUACGCGAAGAUGCUUUGAAAUGUGAGUUCCCUCCUUUCGACCUCGUCGUGGCCAACAUCCCUUAUGGGAUAUCUUCGCCGCUUGUGGCCAAAUUGGUAUAUGGGGCAAUUCCAUUUCGGAGUGCCACGCUUCUACUUCAGAAAGAGUUUGCACGGCGGUUGUUGGCGAAUCCUGGUGACUCUGAGUACAAUCGUUUGGCUGUAAAUGUGAAAUUGGUGGCUGAUGUAGAGCAUGUAAUGGAUGUAAGCAAGAGGGACUUUGUUCCUUGUCCUAAAGUCGACUCAUCCGUGGUGAUAAUCCGCCCCAAGAAGGAAGUUCCUGAAGUGAACCUGGAAGAAUGGCGGGCUUUCACUAGAACUUGCUUUGGGAAGAAGAACAAGACACUUGGGGCAACGUUCAAGCAGAAGAGGAUGCUGAUGGCCCUAAUGAACUCCAAUUCUGAGAGUUUCAAUGGUCGAGGAGUUGAAGAAGAGGGCUGUUCUUCAUCUUCAGAGAAGGGGUUUAAUUUGUUCAAGGAGAAAAUCAUAGAGGUUUUGAAAUCUGGGAAGUUUGAAGAUAAGAGGCCUGCAAAGUUGUGUAACUUGAAGUUGCUGCAUUUGCUGGCGUUGUUCAAUCAAGCUGGGAUAUAUUUUCGUGAUGGAUCAGAGCUUCAGGAUGCAGAGAGAAGCGCCUUAGCUGAUGAUGCCUACGGAUCAGAACUAGAAGAUUAGCUGAUCGUUAAAUUUUGUAUUCAUUUGAGAGAGAAACACCAUUCUUCCAGUUGAAAUGUCACUGCAGUUUUUUAUCUUGCUUCUUGAAAUAUAAUUUGCAGUCUUCUUCGAAAAGAAACUGAACCCUUCUUUGUGUUGAUUAGAGGUACUGACGACAGAGUUCAACUCUUUGAGCGAUUUCCAUCCAUUUGGGUUGGUUUAUUCUAUAAACUUAAGUUACAAAAGGGAGCUAUUACAAUGAUACCAUUGAAGAUAGAGUGUCACGACCA